AUGACUUACGAUCUUCGUGGAUCUUGGGAUGGAGUUGUAGGUCAUCACACAGGAUUAUUUCCUUUAGAAAGUCAAUCGUAUUCACCUUUUAACGUCGAUUCAUCCAUUAGAGGUUGGAUUCAUAGAGGAGCAUCUCCUAAUAAAAUUAAUUUAGGAAUUGGGACGUACGGAAGAUCUUUUACGUUGGAAAACGCAACUAUUAAUCAUAUUGGAGCUCCAACAAUCGGUGGUGGUGAACCAGGACCUUACUCUAAAUCGUCCGGGAUGUUGGGCUACAACGAAAUUUGUAUGAAUAUUAUUAACGCGUGGAAAGAAAGUUGGAAUGUAGAACAAAUGGUACCUUAUGCUUACUUUUACGAUCAAUGGGUUGGAUAUGAUAACGAAAAAUCUAUUGAUAUAAAAGUUGCAUAUGCAGAUUUAAUGAAUUUGGGAGGAAUUAUGGUUUGGUCUAUUGAAACCGAUGAUUUUCAUGGGCUUUGUGGUAGUAAGAAUCCACUUCUUAAUCAAAUAAGAAGAAGUAUGGGAAUGAAUUGA